AUGAUUGGUAUUCAACUACGCAUGGAGGUGACGAUUGCUGUUUACCUCCGGUUCAUCAUCCCAUUCGGGGCAGAUGACCACUACUUCGGCGGUCAACGUGUCGCCUCUCUCGAAGAGAAGGUGCAGCUCCAGCAGGAUCAGUUGAAACAGCUCCGAGCCGCGAGAGAUAGCAUCCUCGCAGCCCAGCAGGACCUUUCUGGAGCACUUGAGGAUGAAGAUUUGUCCCCACGGCAGAUGAUGCAAGACAGGCCAAGGAGUCGGGGUCGUUUCGACCUCCGCAAAAAAGCCAUGGCUGCCCUGCACUCUGUCCGCUGCGAAUGCACCGAGGGCGGCUCUUCGAAAUUCUGGGAGUGCGCGCGCUGGGAUAAGACGACGGUCGUGUCCUUUGGGAAGAUCGGAGGGGUUCCCUCCACCAGUACCAAGGUGCACAAAGACUUUGCGGCUGCCAUAGCCUUCUUGGAGAAGUCACAGGUUUCCAAGGAAAAGAAAGGCUACCACGUGACAGGCAAGGCGAAAGUCACCACCAAGAUGCCCGCAGGGAAGGCUGGAAAGAUCCCGAGCGCCAAGGCGAAGGCCAAGCCGAAGGCCAAGGCAGUGGCCAUGAAGGCCGUCAUGAAGACGGCCAUGAAGUCUACGUCGGGAAAGAAGAAGCUGGCCGGCAAGACCCUCUGCUUCACAGGCGCUUUGACUUUGAAGCGUGGCCUUGCAAAGUCAAUUGCAAAAGCGGCCGGGGCCAAAGUCACCUCCUCAGUAUCCAGUCUCACAGACAUUUUGGUGGUGGGCAAGGAUGCCGGCUCAAAGGUUUUGAAGGGUGCGCCGCAUAUGCAGUACUGGGACGAGAAGAAGUUCAUCAGGCGCCGGCAGUCGCUCCAGCGUGUGCACGAAGAAGGGAAGCGUGUCUUCGACGAGCUGUCGGAGAAGCUUUAUACCCUGGAGGUGCAGAAGGCGGACGUGGAUGAGGAAGUCGGGAGGUUGCAGGCUGCGACCCCUGCAUCCGUCGAUUUCUGCUGUGUGUGGUUGAUUAUUGGGCAUGGUGAGCAAGUGGGUUGGUCGGUGGAUGUGAGAACCCGGAUUGGUGGUAUGUUCUCCUGGGUUGGUGACUCGUGCUGA